CAUCUAUUUCUAAUUUUCUAUGCAAUCUAGAAUGGAGAGGGAGUCUGUUCCUCCUCCUGAAAUUGUUUCUUUGCUCUCUGUUUGAUUAAUACUUUGAUUCUAACCAGAAACCCUAGAUUUUAAGACUCGUAUCUUCUCCAAACCGUUCAUUUGCCGCCGGCAUCAAUCUCUGCCGUCCGCCAGCUCUAGCCUACCCGAGCUGCUCUGUCAUAUGAACAUCUUCCAACAGUCAUGAACAUCUUCAAACAUAAAACCAUUGAAAUCCGCCAAUUUAUCAAUUUAACGCUCUACCAACACUACAAAACUCUUAAUUCAACCAAACCCAGAAUAAACAACCAAAAUUAUCCAAGGCGGCAACGCAGUCACAUACCAUUCGUUGCCAAUCUAAAAGAAAUAGAAGACCCGGAUAAAGCAUUGUCUCUCUUUCAGGAAUAUCAUCAAACGGGUUAUAAGCAUGACUACCCAUCUUACUCUGCUCUCAUUUACAAGCUUGCUCGUUCCCGUCGUUUUGAAGCCGUUGAUACUGUUCUUGCUUAUUUACAGGACAAUAAUGUUCGGUGCAAAGACACCCUUUUCAUUGCAUUGUUUCAGCAUUAUGGAAAACUUCACUUGGUUGAUAAAGCCGUUGAGCUAUUCAAUAGAAUUAAAGGUUUUAACUGUGCCCGUACACUUCAGUCCUUCAAUGCGUUACUCAAUGUUCUUGUUGAUAAUGAUAGGUUGUUUGAUGCAAAAGAUUUAUUUGAUAGGUCCUCUAAAAUGGGUUUUCGUUUGAAUGCGGUGCCGUUUAAUAUAUUGAUCAAAGGAUGGCUUGAGAAGGGCGAAUGGAAUGAAGCUUGUAAGGUGUUUGAUGAAAUGCUUGAGAGAAAAGUGGAGCCGAGUGUUGUGAGUUAUAAUAGUCUUAUAGGGUAUUUGUGUAGAAACGGUGAGUUAGAUAAAGCUAAGGAUUUGUUCAAGGACAUGACUAAGAAAGGCAAGCGAGCCAAUGCAGUAACUCAUGCCUUGUUAAUGGAGGGUGUUUGUUCUGUGGGUGAGUAUAAAGAGGCUAAGAAAAUGUUGUUUGAUAUGGAAUAUAAUGGAUGUAAGCCAAAAAAUUUGAACUUUGGUGUUCUGAUGAAUGAUCUCGGGAAGAGAGGUGAGAUUGAAGAGGCGAAAGCUUUGCUUUUAGAAAUGAAGAAAAGGCGGUUCAAGCCUGAUGUUGUGAUCUAUAAUAUAUUAAUAAAUUAUCUAUGCAGGGAAGGUAAGGUAGCAGAGGCUUAUAAAAUUCUGUUUGAAAUGCAAAUUGGAGGUUGUGAAGCGAAUGCAGUGACUUACAGAACGUUGGUUGAUGGGUUUUGCCAUAUUGGGGAUUUUGAAGGAGGUUUGAAGGUUUUGAAUGCUAUGUUAGUUAGUAGACAUUUUCCUCGCGUUGAAACGUUUAAUUGUUUUAUUGCUGGUCUGUUGAGGUCUGGUAAUAUUGAUGGUAUUUGCUUUUUGUUGGAAGAAAUGGGGAAGAGACAGGUUGGGCCGGAUUAUGAUAGUUGGGAAGCUCUUGUUAAGUAUUAUUGUAGUGGGCAUGAAGGAAGUGAACUUGUAAAUGAAGUUCUAAUCUCGGUUAAGCAAUAUUAGUUUUUCGUUCAGAAUAGCUUGCAAUAUGCGCAACUGUACACAGCCUCGCCAGCUGAUCAUAACUCGGUUCUGGUCCGCCUUUUCUUCAAUCUAUAUGGGUAUGCCACCAUAUGGAUUAUCCCUUUUCAACGGGUCUUCCAUUCCUCUGUAUGAUGUUCCGUUUAAUGGGGGCUCAGCUUAUCACUAUAAUUACAAUAACCGACUUUC